AUACAUAGCUGUCAUACAAACUUAACGAUUAAAAUCAAGGUUUUGUGUGGGAAACUUUUUUAUUUGGCGAAAUAUGUAAUUUCACGAAAUUUGACAUGGAUUAAUACAUAAUCAGUAUACAUAAUCUACCAACCGAUCAAAAUCAAGUCCUUAUAUGGAAAGCUAUUUUAUUUGACGAGAUAUCUUCACGAAAUUUGGCUUGGAUUAUUAUCCAAGGCAACCCUAUUAAAUCAUUCAGAUCAGACCAUUAAAUCAUAUAGCUGCAAUACAAACUAAACGGUCAAAAUCAAUGUAUUGAAUGGAAAACUUUUUUGUUGUGAAGGGUACAUUCUUGUUAUUUUCAUAUUUAGACAAAUUUUUCUAGAACAAAAUUUUAAAUAGUUUCGCUGCGAUAGCGCAAAUAAUCUCUUAAAUUUACACCGGGAGUUACAUAAGCAUACGGUUUUAUGUUAAAUAUUGUAUAUACUAUGUAUAUACUUAUGGAUAUGAAGAAAUACAUACAUAUAUGGUAUACACAAAAUAAAUCCGUUACCAACAAUUAUCAUAAUGAUAAUACAGUUAAGGCGAGGGUGCAUAUUAAACAAUUGUUGUUUUUUAAAUUAUUUGUAUAACAUACAUACAUACAUACAUAUGCAUAUGGCUAUGUAACUAAAACCGAUAAGCAACAAACUUUAGCCUAAAUCUUGCAUUUUAGAAUAAUGUAACUAAAUGCGAGAUUACUUUUAGUAAAGCUCGCAAAGUGUUAUGACGUCCCAGUUGGAUUGUUAAGAAACUGGAGUUUAUUUCAUUGUAAUUUUGUUUGUAUUGUACAAGUUUUCUUUUAUUAUAAAUUAUUUUGUCUCUAAACGACGAUUUUCAAAAAAACAAAAUGUUGCACACUGUCCGAAGUAAUGCUGAUUUUGAUAGACAAUUGUCGGCCGCUGGCGGCCGUUUGGUGGUUGUCGAUUUCACGGCCAGCUGGUGUGGUCCCUGCAAGAGUAUUGAACCCAAAGUCAGAGCGCUAUCGCGUAAAUAUAAGGACAAAGCAGUUGUGCUGAAAGUGGACGUGGACAAGUGUAGCAAUGUGGCGCAUGAUUAUAGAAUAUCUUGUAUGCCCACAUUUGUAUUUAUAAGAAAUGGACGUAAGAUCGAUCGUUUUUCAGGAGCCGAUGAAACGGAGUUGGAGUAUAAAAUGGCAAAAAUGGCUAAAGCUAAGUGAGACAAAUAAUUAAAAUGUAAAUGGAAACUAUAAAAUUAAAAUUUUAAAUAUUUAUAACAGAGGUUUUGAAAAAAUUGUAUUUGUAAUGUAAUUGACUUCAUUGUAUUUAAAAGAAUGUAAAAGGCAUCUGGUAUGCCAUUUAAAAACUAAUGAAACAUUGUAAAACUAUUAUAUUAAAUGUAUGUUAAACUAUGUAAUAAAAACAACAAUGAGCUUAAGAA